CCCCGAAGAGAGAGACCGACCUCGCUCGCCGCUCGCUCACCAGCACCCACACUCCGCCCGCCGCCGACCCGCCAUGGACUAGCCGCCAGCCGGGCAGCAGCCACCACUAGCACACUCUCUCUCGCACCCCAGCCAGCCACACGCUUCCCGCCAACUCUCAGCUAAGAGCACCAAAGCACCGCAGAGCAGCACGCGCAAAUAAAUGCAUCGGCCGUUGGAGUGGAGUCUGCUGGCUCUGCUAGCGCUCUCGGUGAUCUGCGGAGGUGGCGAGGCGAAGGAGUACCGCAAACUCGGUGCCGAGUUCGUGCCUGCCGAGAGCGGCAAACGGUACAACGAGCCGUCUUGCGAGCAGCUGCGCGCCAUGUGGCGCUUCUCGAAGCGCCAGGCGCGCGCCUCCGAGGUGACCAACGAGAUUCCGCAGUACCGCGACCCGUUCGUCUACAACGUGUGGGAGCCGUACCCCGGCACGCUGCGCAGCGUCGGCGCUCGCACCAAGACCGCGUCGACCGGCAGCGUCGGACGCAGGCAGCGGCCGGUCUACGGAAAAAUCGUGCACACACCGCCCCCAGGCUCGGCCCGGAGCUUCGACUCGCCGCGCACGCGCGCCUUCGAGGAGCUGACGGCCAGGAUGUUCGGCUCGAGUCGCUCCGGCGGCUCACGCAAGACCCUGCGCUACACGGGCUCCGACGGCUCGCUCGUGCCGCAGGCUGGCAGCUUCCAGCAGCUCAAGGACAUUGUCCGCGCCGAGCGCGCACGCGAAUUGCAGCAACGCCUCACCGACGACCCCACGCUGCAGAACUACGGCCAAAUGGUAGUGAGCUUACCACCAGCCGGUGAGGACGACGGCGCCUACGGAUCGUUCCGUUACGGAAAGCAGGAGGAGCCGGCGCGCGUCCGGGGCGUGCUCUCGUUCCCGGACGUUCUAGCGCCGGCCGCCGGACGGCUGGACGAGACGAGCGAGGCAGGAUUCACGGAGGAAGCGUACCCGCCUGAAAUGUACGCGCCGGUCGAGGAGGAGAUGGCACCGGUGCGGCUGUCGGCCAAGGCGGCCAAGCAGCGGUCGUCCGUCACCAAGGGGCAGCGCGUGUACAAAGCGUCGCCGCGCACCAAGCAGGGCAGCGCGCAGGCCGCUUCCUCGGCAGAGGCCAGCAGCACUUUCCCUUUCGCGUCAGACACGAGCGCGGAAGAAGAGACGUCGCCCUCGUCUGACGAGGUGCUCGAGGACGAGAUUCCUCCUCCAUGUGCCACCGUGCUCGAGCAGACUUGCACCUCGAGUCCCGAAUGUUUGUGUUCGUCCACGCUGCCCACUCUGUCCAGGUGCUUCCACGAAACGCCCACGGGCACGGGGGUCUGCCAGAUUUUCGAUUUGCAUCAAUCAGAGAGCGAUGAGUUCGGAUCGUGGCAUCGUACGCCGCUAGAGCCCGGCCAGCUGGGUGCGUGGUCCAGCCAGGUGGCCCUCCCCGCCGCCCCUGCACCGGCAGCAUCGACCCCCUCUGCAACCCUCUCUUCGGCAUCCAGCGACCGACGCAACUCAACACUCGCUCAUUAGGCGUUCCGGAGAGGAUUCCGCGAUUCGGCCCCGUUUUUAAGAAGAAAGAGAAACACCCUCGUUUCCCGCCAUUAGCGGCCUGGCAACGCCGCACCGCGCGGUGCGAGGUUGCCGAGGCGCUCCCGUCGCGCGAGGUGCGACAAGCACGGCCGGCGUUGCGCGCGCGUAAUUAAAAUUUAACAAUUAAUUAAUUAAUCGGCGCGGGCGCGGGAAGCGACGAUUUUGCACGAGAGAGUCGGCGCCGCGGCUGCGGGGCUGCCAGCCCGACGAGGUGAGCCAGCGGGGUGGCAGCCGCCGCACCCGCACCCUUCCGCCUUCCGUUCCGCAUAGUUUGAGGCUGAACCCGCGUUUUGUGUUUCCGAAUCGCGCGACGCGCCGAAUCGCUUGAGCCGUUUCGACUCGGCGCGUCGCGGCGGCUGCUCCCGCGCCCGCCCCCGCAGCUCCCGCCCGCCUGCUUGAAGCGCAACACACUCACUCACACACUCACGAGGCUUCCAAAAAAAAAUAAAAAAAAUAAUCCACUCAAACGCCAAAAUAAUAUGCUGAAACAAAAAUGGUAUUUUUACUAGACAAUAAUAAAAAAGAAACAAGAAGAUGAAGAACAAAAGGCGCGCGAAUUUGUAUUUUUAAAAAAACUAGGACGACGACGACGAAUUGGCCAGAAUUGCAUGGUGACAAUAAUUGUACUAACCGCGAUUUAUUCUUAAAAACACACACUCACUCACUCACACAGCCAGCCAGCCCCAUGUCGACUUUUUGGAACUUGCUAUAUUAUAUAUAAUAUAUACACACACACGCAAUUAUACAUAUUAUAUGAUUGUCCUUUGAAGAGUGCCGCUCUGCGGACGGGACGCACGGGACUCCUGUCCGCAGAUCGGAGAACGUGUCGAGAAUCUAUGACAAUACAACACAUCACACACACACACACACACUAAAGAAUUGUAAAAUGUAUCAUAAGUAGCGUUUAAAAUAUGGAUAUAAGCACUAGCAUGUAAGGUAUGUGUCGUACUCGCAUGUAUUGCCACCAAUAAACCAUCACUGACAGAGAAAUACCAGAUGCAGAUUUACAACGGGUGAUAAGAUAUAAUUAUUAACAUAUAUAUACACACAUUGUAACACUAACUGUUAUCUAUGAUUACUCUAUUUUUAUCCCCGCACCCACCCUCUCUCACACAAACACACACACACACAUUGCGCUGCUCCGCUCCGAUUGACCGAAAAUAAAACCUUCGAAAAUCGAGCCCCGCAGCCGUUCGCCAUUUCUGUUGUUGCAUUUAAAGAUUCUUUCUCACUACGUAGGCUUAGUUGACGCCCGAUAUUCUGUCGAAAUUGUUUCGAAAUAAUGGUGGUGCUCGAGAAACCGUGGCAGGCCGGAACAUCUUAAAAUAAUACACAGAGACAAACAAAAAUAAUAAAUUGAAUUGUACGCAUACACAUAUAAAUAUAUAUAUUUAAUGAACAAAAAAAAUAAGAGGAAACGUAUAAAAAUUCUAGGCUGGCCUUUUUCAAGUAAUAUGUCAAUUACACAUACUAAUGCAGACAAUUAUUAUACCCACCCGCUAUGUUAAGUGACGCGAAACAAUAAUAAUAACAACGCUGCAUCAGAAUUACAGACAAUUAUUUCACUUUGGGGCACGAUGGAACUGCCACCUGUUGGUGCCGUUGGCGCACAACCUACAGAUUGAUCAAUAAUCCUAUCUCUCUCUCUCUCUCUCUCUCUCGCUCUCUCUCUCUAUUUCAAUGCACUACUCUGCGUCUCUGCGUGCGAAAAUAAACUAUCCCUCUUUCACCUGGCAUAUCCACUUGGUUCGACCGCAAUACCUCGAUCACCCACCGCACUGAUCUUUGCUCCUCGCAUAUCCCUAACCAAGUAACGCGGCAUAUUAUAAUUAUAAAUAUCAGCCUGGCACAUAUCCUGCGAUUUACAGCAUAUCUCUUCUUCUAUCCUCAGUGUACCUCCGAUUUAUGUUAUUGUGAAAACACACACCUACACACACACGCGUAUAACUCACACACACACACACACACACAAAAUUGUCUUGUGCCGAUUAAUGCGCCAAUACCAAUAACAUUAAUUACCGAAAUGAUGAUGGACAAAGAAUUAAUAAAGUUUAAUUUACUGUGCAAAAUG